AAAAUAAGAACAUGCUAGGUUAUUCGAAUGCCGGUAUACCGGAUAAAUCAUGGCAACCACCCGUUGUUGUAAUUGAAACGACGUUGAGGAACUCCACACUGGUCUAAGUUGACUAAACGGUCUGCCGGUGCCUCCCCUAUCGUCCACAAUGCUGCCCAAGUAACAGAAGCUUCCCACCUGCUCGAUGUGCCUCCCUUUGAUCGACAUAGGAGCCGAAUCGGUGCUGCUGCCGAUUGGUUGCUAGGAGGCAAAUGUCAUCAGCAAAGUCGAUGUCCUCUAGGUCUUCAUCCGCGGUCCAAGGCAGUCCUUGUCGGCAUUUACAGGUGACUCUGCGCAUCACAUCAUCAAGCACUACUAUAAACAGCAAGGGAGACAGCAAGCAUCCUUGCUUGGCGCCUGCGGUGACCACGAUAUUAUCCAAUGGGAAAAAUUAUGUUGGAAAUGUAUUGGAAACAUGCACCUUUGACAUGCAGAAAUUUUAUGGAAUUGGUACGUCGAGGCUAUUACAACAACACUAAAUUUCAUCGAGUUAUUCGAGAUUUCAUGAUUCAAGGUGGUGAUCCAACUGGAACAGGAAAAGGAGGACAAUCAAUAUAUGGACCACACUUUAAAGAUGAAAUAACAUCAGAUUUAAAACAUGCUGGUGCAGGUAUAUUGUCUAUGGCUAAUGCUGGUCCUAAUACAAACGCAUCACAGUUUUUUAUAACAUUGGCUCCAACACAAUGGCUUGAUGGUAAACAUACGAUUUUUGGCAGAGUGCAAAACGGAAUGACUGUUGUCAAGAGAAUUGGGUUAGUAGAGUGUGAUAAAAAUGAUUGCCCCGUAGACGAUGUUCGAAUAGAAAGAGCCUACAUUCCGAAAUAGUUUCCUUAUAUUCUUACGAGCAUAAUAAUAUAGUUUUUAACCCUAAAUAUCAAUAUGAAGGAGAUACUUCCAGAAGAAAUAAAAAAUUAAACUAAAAUUUGCCUUUUUUUUGUUUGAUUAAAGAUAUUUUAUAUGUUAGGUACCUACCAUGAAGCCAUUAAAUUGUAUCAAUCCUCAUUACAUAACUACUAGUAAAAUGCCAGGUUAUAUAAUAAAUAAUAUAAAGCGUCAAGGGCCACUGGGAAGUAAAAUCAAGAACACAUGUGAAACUGCAGCAUUGCAACAAACUUAACAGAUUCUGGAAGAAAUUGUAAUGGCAUUUCCCCCUUCCAUAGGGGAUGGAUUUGUUUUUACGUAUGUUAUGCUCUUAUACUGCUCGAAUAUCUAUUAUAUAUUAAGUAUAUGAUCAAUACAACAAAACAUUUACUGCGAAAUUAAGAGCAUGGAUCAUGCCUUUACUGAUUACAGAGAUUAUAACAACAAAAAUAAUGAAGGGAAUGCAAUAUCGUAGUUUUUAUUUAAAUUUGUUAUUUAACUUUGUUGUUAUGUCUGGAAGCAUUCAGAAUGAAAGGGGGGCAAAAUUAGGAAUUGAUUGUAUGUAGCCUUUGCCAUUUAUAAAGAUAAAAUGUUGGCAAAAUGUUUCUUUCCUGUAAAAUAUUUCAUCUUUCACUGUAUUAAAUUAUGCCUUUUACUGUUUUGUAUUUUUGGUGCUUGUAAUUUUAAUAUAAAUAAAUCUAUUGGCUCCAAUAUCAUAUAAAUUUAAUUUUACACACACUUGUAUUCAUCGAAAUUUGUACAUACAUGAGUAUGCAUAUAGCAUACUUACUUUCAAAAGAAAAGUUCUUCGGUACUUAUUGUUCGAUUCUGUUUUCAUAUCUUAUCAUCAUGAAGUCAUGCAUGCUCAUAAUGAGAGGCCUCUAACCAGGAAC